AUGAGUCGCUGGAGCCCCGUGGACAGGGAGGAGAUAAUAGAAAAAUCUGAGAGUUGGGCAGAGGCUGAUACCAUCAUGCCUUCUUGGGUAGCCUUCCCCAGCCUCAUACUACUUUGGGCAGAUGUUGUUGUUUCUCAGACACGCGUGACUGGAGUGGUGGGACAGUCUGCCACGCUACCCUGUACCUACUCAACAGCUGGUGGAAUCGCACCCACGUGCUGGGGCCGAGGGCCUUGCCCUUUAUCCAAAUGCUCAAAUACACUCGUAUCGACUGAUGGCUACCGUGUCACCUUUGAGAAGGACAAACGUUACAGGAUGAAUGGAAUCAUUUCCAGAGAGAAUUUGUCUCUAACCAUACAGAAUGCAGCCCUGUCUGACACUGGCACCUAUUGUUGCCGUAUUGAGUUCAAAGGGUGGUUUAAUGAUUAUAAAGAGAAUAUAUUUUUGGAGAUAAAGCCAGCUCCAACCACUGUUCCAACACCACCUAAGGUCUUCAGCUCUGCUCCUACAACUCCAGGGACCACGAAGACCCUCAAGACAGCUCCACCUAAGGUCACCAGUGUUCCAACACCACCUAAGGUCUUCACCUCUGCUCCUACAACUCCAGCACCAACACUGAACCUUAAGACAGCUCCAACUAAUGUCACCAUGGGCCCAACAUCACCUAUGGUCUCCAUGUCUACUCCUACAAAGCCAGCAGGAGGGCAGCAGAAAUUCAAGACAGCAGACAACAGAAACCCCGCCUAUCACACCACAGGAAGCAAGUACGACCAGCUCAUUGUUGAACUCUUCUUGCCCAACAGAAUAUUUGUGUGGGAAAAUAAAGGUGUUGCAAAGAAGAACCUCAGACGGGAACUUCGCAAAACGAAACUGCAGUGCGCUACCAAGCGCAUGAAAAUAUCUACUUUAAGAACGACCUUCACAACAUGCCUUAAGACCCAGCGGUUCUCCAAGGCUUUAGGCCCUUGA